AUAAGCGGGAGAAACUAGCAACAGCUACUCUGGUCCUAAAGAAUCUGCCUCCGACUAUUGAUUACUCUCAGCUCAAAGGUGUUGUACCCACAGCAAGUCGUCUUGAACUGUACAAAAAGCACGGCAAACGACACGCAUUUGCCAGAUUCUCCACAACCGAGGAGUGUUCAUUGGUUGCGUCCAAACUAAGAAAUCUCAAAAUCGGGGGUCAUGAGAUAGGCGUAGCGUUCGCUUCGCAUUCACUCUCAAAACAACCUCGUCCAGCCACCAGUCCCGAUGUGGAGAACGCAACCGUAUUACACGUGAGCAAUCUCCCAUUCAGUAUAACACAACAACGAUUGGAGGAAGAAUUUCCCACCGCCUCUCGUGUUGUCAUGAACAUCAAUUCGCAUGGACGCUUUCGUGGGUCCUGUCUGUUACAUUUUGACUCUGUGGAUGAUUGUCGUAUUGUCCGCGACGCUUGCCGUGGUCGACAGAUUGACGGUCGUCCUUUACGCUGUGUCCCCGGAAUCGGAUUCCAAGUCAAAGAAUCCGAAUCCAAACCGCUAAGUAUCAGCACACCGCCGAAAGUAUUUGGCCUCAAACUGAAGGGUAUUCCUCGCCAGAUUGACGAUAAUCAACUACGCGUUCUGUUGGAAUCUCAUCAACUGAUCGAUUUGAGAAGUUCAGUGGAUAGCACGGAACAAACAAAGACGGCAGUGUGCAAAUUUAAAUCAAAAAAUGAUCAGCGUGCAGUAUUGAAACUGUUAAGAAAACAGCAAUUUUUCGGUGUACAAUUGCAUGCCAAACUCUGGGCUCCAGCCCAACGUAAACGUAAGGAUAAAACAAAAACAGUUCCGUCGAACGGCACACCACAACAAAAGUCGAACGCAAUGGAUACGUCGGUUGCGGAACCAACAAAAUCGAAGAAAAGGAAACGAUCCGAAAUGGACGAAUCCAACGCGUCGAUUCAUGGUAAGUCUAUGAUUCCAGUGCUAUAG